AUGUCGAGGAGACCGGACGAGGAAUACGAUUACCUGUUCAAGGUAGUUUUAAUCGGUGAUUCCGGAGUAGGGAAAUCUAACCUGCUUUCCCGAUUCACCCGUAAUGAAUUCUGCUUGGAAUCCAAAUCCACCAUCGGCGUCGAAUUCGCCACCCGUACUCUUCAGGGAAAUCUAACCUGCUUUCCCGAUUCACCCGUAAUGAAUUCUGCUUGGAAUCCAAAUCCACCAUCGGCGUCGAAUUCGCCACCCGGCCCCACAUUCUUAAUGCAAGCCACCACGACCUUUAAUGAACUUGACCACCCAUUUUUGGCAGUGGUGGCAAGGGCGGAGCUAGUGUACAAUCCUGGAUCUAAAGCUCAGCCCUGCAUAGGUCAGUUAGCUGAGAUUGCACACUCUCAGUUCUUGGUCGAGGGAAGGACAGUGAAGGCACAAAUAUGGGACACAGCAGGACAGGAGCGAUACAGAGCAAUAACAAGUGCUUAUUACAGGGGUGCCCUAGGAGCUCUACUAGUAUAUGAUGUGACAAAACCAACAACAUUUGAAAAUGUGAGCCGGUGGUUGAAGGAGCUAAGGGAUCAUGCAGACGCCAAUAUUGUGAUCAUGCUUAUUGGAAACAAAACUGAUCUGAAGCAUCUCCGAGCUGUUGCUACAGAGGAUGCUCAAGGUUUUGCUGAGAAAGAAGGGCUUUCUUUCAUCGAAACAUCUGCUUUAGAAGCAACGAAUGUUGAGAAGGCUUUCCAGACAAUUCUUGCAGAGAUAUACAGGAUUAUCAGCAAGAAGUCCCUUUCUUCAAACGAACCAGCACCAACUAGCAUCAAAGAAGGGCAGACACUUGUUGUUGGAGGACAGGAUACCAACACCAAGAAGCCUUGCUGCUCUUCAUCCUAG